GGGUAUGGCCGGUGCGGGACAUGUGCGAGCGCGGAUCCGCCGAUAAUCGCCAAUCGACGUUAUCGCGUCCGUCGCGCUGUCCGCCGGCGCCGCUCCAUCUCGACCACGCUCAUUCCAACCCUGGGACGCGACACAGCCGCCCGUCUGCACCUCAUCCUGAUGUUAUAUCCGCAUAUACUACCAUCACUGAUUAACUUCAAUUAAAUACAUUAAAAUAAAUAUCCUGAACGACUGAGAACUAAAAAUCGUGCACAAUGUUUUGUGACGGUUCCGGUCCGCUUCUUGAAGAAGCUCUCCUCAACGACCAACUACUUUUUGAAUACUCGCCGGCGGAAAGCCUUAUAAACUUUGAGCUUCCGUCAUUGGAUUCAGAUGGUGACUGGCAACUUAGUGACUUGGAUCUCAAUUGUGAUAGUUUUGUUAAUAGUGUUAGUGACUUAAACAAGGACGCUUCUAACAGCUGUAACAUCCUCGAUGGAUCAGUUUUCGAUUUUGCUGAAUUAGAUAAGAGCAUUAUUGACGAAUAUCUCCUGGAAGCAUUGAGCAGUGAUCUCUCCAAUGACUCACCACAUUCUCCACAGUCAGGAACCGACUCUUCAUUAAGCAACGAAUCCCUUUGUGCUCUGGAAACCCACGACUAUGUCACAGUAAAUAAAACUUGGCCGAGCAAUACGCGAGUGUAUGAGAAGACCGAUGUGAAAGUUCGUUCGUUCGGAGAACCAAAGUUUUGUCAAGAGCUGGGUGCGUUUCGUUGUCCUGUGGAGGAUUGUGGCAAAUUGUACGCAAAGGCGUCUCAUGUUCGUGCUCACCUCCGGCGACACAGUGGUGAGAAGCCGUACCGGUGUACGUGGGGAGGUUGUUCGUGGAGGUUCGCGCGCUCGGACGAGCUAGCGCGACACCGGCGCAGUCACUCGGGAGACAAGCCGUACAGGUGCGGAGAGUGCGGCAAACGGUUCGCUCGCUCUGACCACCUCGCCAAGCACGGACGGGUGCACGCUCGUCGCGCCGCCGCCGCCGCUGCUGCUGCUGCCAGCAGGAGGGCUGCCUCAGCACCACUCGGACAUCGAAGAUCAACGAGGGGAAUGUUACUACUAUGAUUAGGCACAAGAUAUUUGUGAUGACUUGAUAGAUACGAUGGAAGUCCCAUACAAUUUCGGUUAGUACUUAAAACCGCUAGAUUACGGAGGUGCUUACCGAAUUCCGUCAUCAGUUGGAAGACUGAAUUUGUUCUUAUAUGUGGAGAACAUUGAUGAUGCUGCUUGACGUAGUAGUUAGGAUAGUUUCGCCUUGGAAAGGCUGAUUAGGUCACUUAUAAUGAAAUGAAAGUGUAAGCUCAGAUUAGACACCUAAGUAGGUACUUAAUUAAACCCCAAAAAUUAUGUAAACUCUUAACGCACUAUAGUAUUUUAAUACUAGAUAUUUAAAUACCAGAAUCUAUACCAAAUAUUGACUGUGAAUCUUUGAAUGAAAUGUUUGUAAAUAUUAUUUUAAGUGUAAUAAGCAAUAUUACUUUAUUGUACCAAAUAAAUAAAUCUAAUUUCGUUAUGUAAAUAUUAGUGUUAAGAAUGUUAUGCUUGUUUAAAUUUCAAAUCUCAAUCAAUAAUACCAAUAUUAAAAAAAUAAAUAAUAAAAAUUUUAAUUUAUUGAAAUUGAUAUCAGUUUUUGUAUUGUUGGUUAGCAUUGUUAUUGGCCAUCUGCUCCCUUGUCCUCUACUUUAUAAUAAAGGUUCUGUCAGGACCCGCCUGCCGAGUGUGGGGUUUAUCACUAACCCCUCUAAUCUAGAGAAGCCUCUUAGUACAGCAGUAAACUGUCAAGCGCCCUUGGUGUAUUUGUACCCUCCCAAAACCGCUGCAACUUCUGUAAGCCAGGAUCUACAGUAGAUAUACAACUAUAAAAACACAGGAACACUGGAGUCUGGCGCGUCCCAGAUACACGAAUAACUGUCUUGAAUCCCCCGACGGAAUAAAUCAGAUAGAGGACAAGAAAAGAACGGCAGAUUUCACUUCUCUCAGUGAAUUUAUACAGGCACAAAUGAGACAGCACGACUGGCCAAAGCCCCCAGAAUUUGUAUUAGCCUAUUAAGUAAACGAAUCUAAAGUUCAACAGUUGAACUUCAAAAAUGCUGUCAAGUUCAAUGUUUCAUCUCUUAUCACUGCUCCGGCAGAAGGCCGAGCAUAUUUUAUAAGCUACGGUACUGUAGUUACUUUUACAAUUACAAAUUACAAUUGUGUGUGUCGAAAACUGCAAAAGAUACAAAUAUUUUUUAUUGUGUUAACUUGGCUCCUAAUCUUGAUGGUCGUUUGGUAAAAUGUGAGACUGUUGGGGUUGGGUCCCAUGUUCGAAGAUCAAGGUGUUUUUUUCUAUAUAUUCCACCACUAUUUACAAUGGAUACAUACAUUAUGACGCUUUAUAAUCCUCCAAGAGGUAGGCAGAAGGGUACAUUACAUGUAACUUCUAACAAUGUAUCAGUAUGUUACACCAGUUAUGAAUCCCAAGGGGUGACAUUAACGUUUUAUGUUAGGGGUUAAACCUAUAACCUGGUAUAUAUCAGGCACAAUUUCAAACUCACCGUAUUUCAAAAAA